AACUGAGUAAACUGGGUGCCUCUGGGAUCUGAAGGUUCCCGGUACAGAAGUGUGGGAACUAGUUUGUGAUUUGUUUGGCAGUGCUAUAUGCACCACCAAAGCACAAUAUACAGUCCAAUGAAAUAACAGGUGCCUUAUGGUGAGCCCCACAUUAUCAUCUAAUUCCGAAGGCCAGACUCAUAGAGUUUGUCUGAGAUAAAAUCUGGUUUUAAGGCCUUUAUUGCUGCACUUAAUAUCACACUUAAAUGUUGCAUAUUCCAAAAUAAAGUUGUAAAUAAUCUUUAUCACAUGCGAUACCUGCAUGGCAGCAAACAAAAAGGCUUAUACAGCCCUUCAAUAAAAUGUUCCACAGUGUAAAUGUUUCCCUCAGAACAUAUCCCUCCUUUAUGGAAAUUCAGUCACUUCAGAUUCUGAGAGAAAAUAAGUCAGUUAGGGCUGGUGAACCAGUAUUCAUGGUUAUGUAGUUAGUAGUUAUGUAGUAUACAGGAAGUAGCUUAACAUGCUGAUCAGUAACACAGCAGUUAACACACACCUGGAUUCCUGUGAUAACUCCAUCUGGACUGUGAACUUUGAGCACAAUUACAGUUAGUUGUGUGUGUAUGUGUGUGCUGAGGGUCAUGUUCAUUUGUUGUGUCGAGUCUAUCGUUCUGUUACAUUCAGGAUGAAUCGGCCCUUUCUUGUGUUGUGUGUGCUACUGUCGGCCAUCAGUUGCUCAGCUAACAAAGGUAUGCGGACCAGCAUGCGAGCAGCAGCAAGCUCUCAGUCGGUGACUCUUCAGCCCUGGUUGGUGGGUUUGACGGCCGUGGUCGGCUUCCUCUUGAUCCUUUUCAUCAUUCUGAUUGCUCACAGACUACUUAGGAAGAACAGGGAGUAUGAAGAAGCAAGGUCUUAUGACAACAAGGCUGUAAAGGAGGAUGAAGAAGCACGGUGUUACGACAAUAAGGCUGUAGAGGAGGAUGAAGGCGAUGCUAAACAAACUAGUUUAUAGAAACCCAACUGAACACAACCUUGCCAUCAGUGAAAGCAGCUCACUUCUGACAGGGUCAGUGCUCUUUCCACUGAAGAACAUGGCUGCAUUAAAUUCACUGUUGUUGUGAAAAGGCUGUCGAGUUCUCCGUUUUUUUCUUUUAGAGACAAAUAGAAAAAGAAAAAAUGGUUGUUUGCUUUUAAACCACUUCAUUGUCUAAACCACAGCAUUCUGGAUGGGCUGUUCAAAUCCACAGUAGAUUAAUUUAUAGUAGAGAACCCAAAGUUUCCAGGGAUUCCAAAUAUGCUAGACUGAAUUUUGUAGAAAUGUAUCUAAAAUGUUGCAUAAGAAAUGUAGAAUAUUUACAUUCUAUGGUUUGCUGUAGUCACUGAAGACAUGCAGUCUUGAAUAUUUCAAUCAGUGCAAGCAUAAUAAGUGCUGGUCCUGCAUCCUUCCUGUCCUCCACAUUAAUGAACUGAUCUAGUUUUCUCUCACCACCAGAAGGGCCCAUAACACAAAAAACUCUACAAAAGUUCUGUCACUUAAAACUCUGGUAAUUCAAAGAACCUGUUUAGUUUGAAUAUUUGGAAUCAAUCAAAUUACUUUAUUCAUAGAGAUGAUGAUACUGAUCAGGGGGUGGUGGGAGUUUACGAGCUGCACAGUUCUCCUCUGUGUCCUGCAGCAUGCAACAAAGUCCUCCCAGCUGUUCUGACGGUCUGAUAUUCAAAAAGGGUAUAGACAGGAGAUCCUAUGUCUGCAAUUAUAAUAAUAAUAAGAAUGAUGAUGAUGAUAGUGAU